ACAACAAAAUCAUUUUCUUUCACUUUCUUUUUCUCUCUCUAUUUCUUUACCCCUUCGCUUCCAUUUUCCACCAAACCCUAACCUUCAAAACCCUAAUCCUAACUUCCGGUAACCGGCCGGACCAUAAUCUGGUCAAAUCUCAAUGGAUUCCCAAUUCGACACUGCCUCGCAACCCGACCCGGCCACCGACGCCUACACCUUCCUCGAAUUCAACACCCAGGGUGAGUCCGACUUCGACUACCCGGACUUCCGUGACCCGAUUCGUGCAUGGCCUACCCCCUCUGACUCCUCCGCCGCCGAUCGUUCUGCCGCUGACCACCAUUCCGAUGCGGCUGCCUCUUCUUCUCCAUCUAGCGUUCCCAAAGGUUCUGGCCGUGCUGCCGCUAACAAUAGCAAUAAUAAUAGCAAUAGCAACACUGGCUCCGUUGUGGAUGCGUUAGCGUCGGGGAUUAGUGGAUUGAAUUUCGAGGAGACGGUGGGGGAUGAUGAUGGCGGGUUUGAGUACGGGAAGGGUGAUUUCGCGGAGCAUGCCUGUCGGUAUUGUGGAGUUUCCAAUCCGGCGUGUGUGGUUCGUUGUAAUGUUCCUUCGUGUAGGAAGUGGUUUUGUAAUUCGAGAGGGAAUACAUCAGGCUCGCACAUUGUUAAUCAUCUGGUGCGAGCUAAACACAAGGAAGUCUGUCUUCAUAAAGACAGCCCUUUGGGAGAAACAAUCCUUGAAUGCUACAACUGUGGGUGUCGGAAUGUUUUCCUUCUUGGUUUUAUAUCAGCAAAGACAGAGAGUGUUGUUGUUCUUCUUUGCCGAGAACCUUGCUUGAGUGUUAAUGCUUUGAAGGACAUGAACUGGGACUUGAGUCAAUGGUGCCCUCUCAUUGAUGAUAGGUGCUUCUUGCAGUGGCUUGUUAAGGUCCCAUCUGAACAGGAACAAUUGAGGGCACGCCAGAUUAGUGCUCAACAAAUAAACAAGGUAGAAGAACUUUGGAAGACCAAUCCUGAUGCCUCACUCGAAGAUCUUGAGAAGCCUGGUGUGGAUGAUGAACCUCAGGCUGUUGCUUUGAAGUAUGAAGAUGCAUACCAGUAUCAAAAUGUAUUUGCACCACUUAUAAUGCUUGAAGCUGACUAUGAUAAAAUGAUGAAAGAAUCUCAAAGCAAGGACAAUGUUACAGUUAGAUGGGACAUUGGGCUAAACAAGAAACGUAUUGCAUACUUUGUCUUUCCAAAGGAAGACAAUGAGCUGCGCCUGGUACCUGGUGAUGAGUUACGACUUCGUUAUUCAGGAGAUGCAGCCCAUCCUGCCUGGCAGGCAGUUGGACAUGUGAUCAAGUUAACUGCACAAGAGGAGGUUGCUCUUGAGCUUGGUGCUAGUCAGGGAGUUCCUGUUGAUGUGAACCAUGGCUUCAGUGUUGACUUUGUCUGGAAGAGUACAAGCUUUGACCGGAUGCAGGGGGCAAUGAAAACAUUUGCAGUGGAUGAAACAAGUGUCAGUGGAUAUAUAUACCAUCACUUAUUGGGCCAUGAAGUUGAGGUUCAGAUGGUUCGUAAUACACUACCACGGCGUUUUGGUGCACCUGGUCUACCUGAGCUCAAUGCGUCUCAAGUUUUUGCAGUUAAGAGUGUUCUUCAAAAGCCUAUUAGUUUGAUUCAAGGACCACCUGGCACUGGAAAAACUGUUACUUCUGCAGCCAUUGUAUAUCACAUGGCCAAGCAGGGACAGGGGCAAGUUUUGGUUUGUGCUCCAAGUAAUGUGGCUGUAGACCAGCUAGCUGAAAAGAUAAGUGCCACUGGUUUGAAGGUUGUAAGGCUUUGUGCAAAAUCAAGAGAAGCUGUUAGUUCUCCUGUUGAGCAUUUGACCCUUCACUACCAGGUUCGACAUCUUGACACAUCUGAGAAGAGUGAACUUCACAAGUUACAACAAUUGAAAGAUGAACAAGGUGAAUUGUCUAGCAGUGAUGAAAAAAAGUAUAAAGCAUUGAAGCGUGCCACAGAGAGGGAGAUAUCCCAAAGUGCAGAUGUCAUUUGUUGUACUUGUGUUGGUGCUGGUGAUCCUAGAUUGUCAAAUUUUAGGUUCCGUCAGGUACUUAUAGAUGAGUCUACCCAAGCAACUGAACCAGAGUGUCUUAUUCCUUUGGUUCUUGGGGUAAAACAGGUUGUUCUUGUUGGUGAUCAUUGCCAACUCGGUCCAGUCAUUAUGUGCAAGAAAGCAGCUCGUGCUGGACUUGCCCAGUCUCUUUUUGAGCGCCUUGUUCUACUUGGUGUGAAACCAAUUAGAUUGCAGGUCCAAUACCGAAUGCACCCAUGUCUAUCAGAAUUUCCUUCAAACAGCUUCUAUGAGGGCACAUUACAGAAUGGAGUGACAAUCAAUGAGAGGCAAUCUUCAGGGAUUGAUUUUCCUUGGCCUGUGCCUAAUCGGCCCAUGUUUUUCUAUGUCCAGAUGGGGCAAGAGGAGAUUAGUGCCAGUGGAACAUCCUAUUUAAAUCGGACUGAAGCUGCAAAUGUUGAAAAGAUUGUAACUACAUUUUUGAGGAGUGGUGUAAUCCCUAGUCAGAUUGGUGUCAUAACACCAUAUGAGGGUCAGAGGGCAUAUAUUGUAAACUACAUGUCAAGAAAUGGUGCUCUACGCCAGCAGCUUUACAAGGAAAUUGAGGUAGCCAGUGUUGAUUCAUUUCAAGGAAGGGAAAAAGAUUAUAUUAUUUUGUCUUGUGUGAGAAGUAACGAACAUCAGGGCAUUGGUUUUCUAAAUGAUCCUCGCAGGCUUAAUGUUGCCUUAACACGUGCCCGAUAUGGUAUUGUCAUUCUUGGCAACCCUAAAGUUCUUAGCAAGCAGCCUCUCUGGAAUGGUUUAUUGACACACUACAAGGAGCAUGAGUGCUUGGUUGAAGGGCCUCUGAACAACUUGAAGCAGAGUAUGGUACAAUUUCAAAAGCCCAAAAAAAUCUAUAAUGAUCGGAGACUAUUCUUUGGAGGGGGGUCUGGGAUUAUGCCCAAUGAUAGCUUUGGGUCUGCUGCUUCAUCAAGCCCAAAUUCUGAUAGAAGAAGCAGCCGUGCUAGGGGUGCUUACAUGCCACCUGGUCCACCCAAUGGUGCUCACAAGCCUGGAGUCCAUCCUGCAGGAUAUGCAAUGCCUCGGGUUCCUCUUCCACCAUUUCCAGGUGGUCCUCCUCAGCCCUAUGCUAUUCCUACCCGUGGAGCCAUACAUGGACCUGUUGGAGCUGUUCCUCAGGUUCCUCAACCAGGAAGUCGGGGGUUUGGUGCCGGGCGUGGCAAUGCUGGUGCCCCCAUUGGCAGUCAUCUUCAGCACCAGCAAGGCACACAGCAAAAUGUUGGAACUAUAGGAUCUACUUUUAACUUUCCUGCCCUGGAAAAUCCAAAUACCCAACCAUCUGUCGGCGGUCCAUUAUCUCAGCCUGGAUUUGCAAAUAAUAUGCCAGUUCAAGGGCCAAGCCAAGCAUUUCGUGAUGGGUUUUCCAUGGGGGGAAUGUCCCAGGACUUUUUGGGUGAUGACUUCAAAAGCCAAGGAUCCCAUGUUCCUUAUAAUGCUACUGACUUUUCUACACAGGCUUCUCAAAGUGGUUAUGCUGUAGAUUAUGUCACACAAGGAGCACAGGGUGGGUUUCCUGGAAGUUUCUUAAACCAGAAUUCUCAGGCUGGAUAUUCACGUUUUGGUACAGGGAAUGAUUUUAUGUCUCAGGACUACAUGACUCAUGGAUCGCAAGGUCUGUUUACUCAGGUUGGCUACAAUGACCCCUCACAAGAUGAUGCGUCACAGAGUCAUUUUGGUGUGGCCAAUGCUAACACCCUUCAGUCUCAGGGGUUGAUGAACUCUCUUUACUCCCAGCCAUUUACUCAUUACAACACACAGCCAUUGAACUUGCAGGCUUCACAACAACAGCCUCAGCAGGGUCAGGGAUCCCAAAACCAGAAACUUCAUUACAAUGGUUAAGACAAAAGGAUGCAUUAUGUGUGACGGGUUAUAUAGUCUAUGCAUUCAGCGACUUGGUCUGUGCUGUCCUUGCGUGCCCCAGUAAUCCUGCUAUAUGAAGUGCACGAUGUUGCCGGUUUUGAUAUCAGUUUAAUUCUGUCCGUAACCCAUUUGGAGAUGAUUCCAGAUGGUAGGAUUAAAUACAAUUCAAGUGAGGCGGUGGCUGUGGGGGCACAAGCAAACAUGGACAGUGCAUCCAGGCCCUGAAAUAUUUAAGGAUAACCCCAUUACUUGCUCAAGGUUUGCAUUAUUUUGAAAGAAGGUAAAUUGAUCUAAGGAGAGCAUAUUCAUGACAGGGUUUUGCGGAAAGGGUUUGACGAUGGACAAGGGAGGAGGGCAUUUAUCUGGGUAAAACCCAUUAUAUUUAUGGAAGCGGUUAACCAUUGGAAUUUUGUACAGCUUGCUGGAGGAAGUCAGCCCUACCCUUUUCAGCUCUUCCUGACAUGUAAUUGUACUCUACAUUAUUAUCUGUUCGACAAUGACGAAUAUAUAAGAUUAGAAAGUGUUUUCUAGUGGGUGGUGCUGGUCGUACAUAAAAUAUUGAUGAGUAUGAUGGUUUGUUUUGUGAGAAAUCGGGAUGGCUUGUUUAUGUUAAUCUUAACGUGGAUAUCGUGUCGUAUAUAUCGUACAUUCUCUGAAAUAAAUGGGUUUGGUGUCU